AUUUCCCAUGCAAGUCUAUUCCUAACCCUAACCUUAACCAAAACUUCAUUCACCCCAUUCUAAACCUAACUAGCAGUAGAAGGGUUGUAGUUCUCACAGGUUCUCAGURGAGUCUGCAGUAACUGUAACGUUUCUCCCUCUGCCCUCGUAURAUCAGGUUUCGAUUCUGUUUGUGCUGCACGCAUCUUCCACAAGCUGAUGAAGCGUCUGGGUUUCCAGCAGUUCUACGCUCAUGGAGGGGACUGGGGCUGGCUGGUCACCACUAACAUGGCUCAGCUGGAGCCCAAAACUGUUAAAGGUCUGCACGUGAACUUUGCUCCUCCCUCCAAGCCCGGGCUGCUCAUGACUUUGUCCAUCAUGCUUGGCCGCCGCUUCCCUAAGCUGUUCGGAUUCACUGAAACAGACGUAGAGCGACUCUACCCCUGCAUGGAGAAGCUGGUGUUGGAAUCCAUCAAAGAAUCUGGCUACAUGCACAUCCAGGCGACCAAACCUGACACAGCCGGUCGCGGGCUGAAUGACUCUCCUGUCGGUCUGGCUGCCUACAUUCUGGAGAAGUUUUCCACAUGGACAGAUCAUGACUUCAGGAACCUGGAAGACGGAGGACUCACCAGGUACAGCUAA